AUGGCCGAGUCUGUUGUUUCGUUCGCGGUGGAGAAAAUAGGAAACCUGCUCAUCGACGAGGUAAAAUUCUUGAGGGAGUGGAGGGCAAGGUCAAGGACCUGCACAGCGCUAAGGCAGGUCCAGGCCUUGCUGAGGGAUGUGGAUGCAAGACGAGAGCGCAAGGAAGCUGUGGAAGAAUGUGUCGCACAACUCCGAGACUUUGCCUAUGAUGCUGAGGACGUCAUCGAGAGAUAUCGCCUCAAAGCGGCGCUGACGGAGGGACAAAACAUCAUCAAAGCGUAUGCUUGCUUCAUGGCGAAGUGCUCGUGCGUGCAGGUUCAUGAGGCGGGGACAGAGAUCGAGGGCUUAAAAUCCAGAAUUUCUGAAAUUGGUGAUAAGAUGCAGAAAUAUGGCAUACAGCCUUUGAAUGAGAGCAAAUGCGAAACCGCGAGAGCUUCGACGCCAGAACGGACUUAUGCCCAUUUCGAGGAGGAAGAUUUUGUCGGGAGGGAAGAUCAUAUCAAGGUGUUGGUGAACGAGCUGUUGAAGGAUGGAGAACAACAGAGAGUUAUUUCCAUUUGUGGAAUGGGUGGUUUGGGUAAAACCACUCUUGCUAAGAAAGUCUUUGCUCAUGACAAAGUGAAGAAGCAUUUCAAUGGUUUUGCUUGGGCUUGCAUAUCUCAAGAGUACCGUGUGAGGGAUAUCUUGGAGGGAAUUCUUGUUAAGUUGAACCCUGAUCAAAGAGAAGGGGUUACGAAGAUGAAAGAUGACGAAUUGUUUGAAACUUUAUACAUGACCCAAAAACAGAAGAGAUGUAUUGUGGUUCUUGACGAUAUUUGGACCGAAGAGGCAUGGGUUGGUUUUAGAAACGCAUUCCCGACCAACGACACGAGAAGCAAGCUAUUGAUAACAACCCGCAAUAGAAAAGUAGCUCAGCAUAUCGAUCCUCAUUGUUUUCUCAAUGAACCUCUGUGCUUAUCACCCGAGGAGAGCUGGAAUCUGCUAAAGAAGAAGGUAUUCCCUCAAACAAAAGGAUUAGUUGUUGAAAUUUCUUCUGAUGGACCCGGAGUUGGUCAAGAUAUUGUUGCAGGCCAAGCUGUAGAAGAUAUCGCAAAACAGUCAGAGACAGAGGGACAAAAACCGGUAAUCACUGAAGACACGAAGAUGUUAGCAUAUAAACUCCUUAAGAAGUGUGCAGGAUUGCCCUUGGCUGUCAUUGUGCUUGGUGGACUUUUGGUACACAAUGACUGGGAGAUAGUUCACAGAAACAUCAAUUUGCAUUUUAGUGAUAAGAGUAAUGUAUUAGAAGUGUUAGCCUUAAGCUAUGACAAUUUACCAUCGCAUCUAAAGCCAUGCUUCCUCUAUUUGGGUAGUUUUCCUGAGGAUGCAGAAAUCCCUGAAAAGGAAGUUCUUUACAUGUGGAUUGCUGAAGGUUUUGUGUCUUUGAACGCAAACAACAGAGCGAGAGGAAUUUCAGUGGAAGAUGUAGCAAAGCAAUAUGUAAUGGAGUUAGUUAAUAGAGGAAUGGUUCAAGUACGAUUCAGUUUAAAUGGAAAGAUCAAAAGCUUCCACCUCCACGACCUAAUGCGAGACUUAUGCAUCUCCAAGGCUCUACAAGAGAAUUUUCUAAGCAUUUUUAACAUUCAACAGGACAAUGAGACGGAGAAUUGUUCUACUUCAAUGGCAAUAAAUGUUGAGUCAAGUUGCAAAAUACGAAGGCUUUCUCUUAAUAGUUAUGUGAUUCCAAGCUUAACAGAAAGCGGAAGGACUCUGGUCCACCUUCGAACUCUCAUGUCCUUCAAAGGUGUCAAAUGGGAGUCGAAGCAAUUUCAAUCUAUUUUUAAAGACUAUAAGUUUCUUAGAGUUCUGAAACUAGAGAAGCUUCGUGUGAUGAGAAGCUUACCUAAAUCAGUGGGAGACCUAGUCCAUUUAAGAUUCUUAAGUUUAGCAGGUAGUAUUUUUAAUGGCUUGCCGCAAUCUAUGGGGAACCUUGUAUGUAUGGAAUUCUUGGACUUGGUUAUGAAUAAAGAUACUACAGUUUUCAUGCCAAAUGUGUUGUGGAAGAUGAGAAGGUUGAGGUAUCUCCGUCUUCCUUACAACUUUGAUGUCAAGGAGAAAUUCCAUGGGGCCCGGAAGAAGUUGUGGUUGGGCACUUUAAAGAAUCUACGGACAUUGAGAAACUUCAAUUUGGAGAAAUGUGAUGUGAAUGAUGUAGGCAAGCUUACCAAUCUGCAAAAAUUGAAUGUCUUUGUUUGGGAUGAUCCUAUCGAGUUAGAGAUAUUUCCGCAACUUGCUGAAUUCAAUUUGAAAUAUCUUCGAUCCUCGUCUUUUUAUUUCAAAUAUUAUCGUUCUUUAUUGACUGAAGAUAAUUUGAGUAGAAUGUCAAACUAUCCCUAUUCUUGUAAGCUAUCCAUUUUUGAAAGAAUAAAGAAGUUACCAAAACAUAAGAGUCUACCCCAGCAAUUGAGGAAGCUAGUUUUAUUAUUUACUGGACUGGAAGAAGAUCCAAUGCCAAUAUUGGAGAAAUUGCCUCACUUGGUUUUUCUCAUGCUGGCUGGCACAAUCUAUGGAAAGGAAAUGGUUUGCUCUGCAGGAGGCUUUCCUCAACUCAAGCAUUUACUUUUUUAUAGAUUAUAUAAUUUGGAGGAGUGGAGGGCCGCUGAAGGAGCCGUGCCUCAUCUUUCUCGAUUGGGAUCGCUGGCUGUGACAAAUUGAAAGUGAUACCUUCACAUGUCUCUACAUAUGACUGUUGGGACGAAAUAUGGAAGGAGCUGAGGAAGUGCGGCGCUGGUUGAGAGAGGGAUGAUGAUGUGGGUGGCCAAGGGUGGCCCCAGCUAUCCGGCGAGAGAGGAGGGAGGGAGGGGCGCGUGAGCUUGUGGGUUGUCACUUGUCAGGGCGGUGGGCCCCCAGAAUAAUUAGCAGAUGUGGAAAAUGAAAAAUUGAUGAAUAACCGCAAUGCUGCAUAUAAUUGA